AUGAAAGAUGAGUUUGAGAUGAGCAUGGUAGGGGAGUUAAAUUACUUACUAGGAUUUCAGGUCAAACAGUCAAAAGAUGGAACCUUCAUCUCUCAAAGUAAGUAUGCCAAAAAUUUGGUCAAAAAAUUUUGUAUGGAGUCUGCUAAACACGUUAAAACACCAAUGGGAACCAUGGUCAAACUUACCAAGGAUGAAAAUGGGGUAAAAGUAGUUCCAAAAAUAUACAAAAGCAUGAUUAGAAGCCUUCUAUAUCUCACAGCUAGUCAACCAAAUAUUAGCUAUAGUGUUGGGGUGUGUGCUCGGUAUCAAGGGAAUCUAAUGGAAUCCCAUGUGACAGAUGUAACGAGAAUCAUUCACUAUGUGAAUGGUACUCUUGAGUAUGAAAUUAUGUACCCAAAGGAAACUAACUCUAACCUAGUUUGUUUUAGUGAUGCUAACUGGGCAGCCAUGAUGAAAACGCGUAGAAAUGGGUCACGAUCAAUCAAAGACUCAAAGGCUACUCCUCUGACGACAACUUCCUCACUUACUAAGACAAAGGCUCGCAAGAGAACCUUGUCUCUGCCUAGUCUCGCUGAAGCAACCACCACCACCACGAGCAAAGCCGUGGUGAUUCCGGACCUCGAGGCCCCUAAGCCUUUGAUCGACUCUCCAUCAACGGCGGCUCUGCUUGCCUCUACUCCUUGGUCCUCCAAAGAUGCCCGAGCAUCCCUACCUGCCAACAGUUCAGACCAUGAAGGUGUCUCAGCCAAGACCCAAUGA